GACAGUUUCAGGCAUGCAUGAAGAAGUCAUGUAAACUUCAGGGAUUUUCUGGAUUUUCUUUGGUCUCCCAAAGUGCACUUUGUCUUGUCGGGUUUGUAGGUGCUGCCGUGAAGUCGAAAUACCUUCACCCAGUAAUAAAUGGCCCUAUUUCGUGUUUUGUUCAGGCGAUCGUAGUUUAGGUCACCCUGAGUUAAAACUGUUAAACCUAUACAUGCUCCUCUCUAAAGGGACGCCUGUGUGGAGGCUACUGCAGCAUAGACACGGUCUUUCCUCACUGACAGCAUCCUCCUCCAGACAUGCUUCUUCAUCCUCCAGGCUGGUUCUGGGCAUCGAGACCAGCUGCGAUGACACGGGAGCCGCUGUGUUGGACGAUUCCGGGGUCAUACUGGGAGAGGCUCUCCAUUCACAGAAAGAGGUGCAUCUGAGGACCGGUGGAAUCAUUCCAACAGUCGCUCAACAACUGCACAGAGAUCACAUAGAGCGAGUGGUCCAGGAGGCUUUGUUGAGGAGCGGCGUGAGCCCCGCACAGCUGUCUGCCGUGGCCACCACGGUGAAGCCGGGUCUGGCUCUGAGUCUGGGCAUCGGGCUCGAGUUCAGUCAGAAGUUUGUGAGGCAGCACAACCUGCCGUUCAUUCCCAUCCACCACAUGGAGGCCCACGCCCUGACCGUCAGGAUGCUGGAGCCCAUCGCCUUCCCCUUCCUCGUCCUGCUGGUCUCUGGCGGUCACUCGCUCCUUGCUGUGGCUCGGGGAGUCGACGACUUUCUGCUUCUGGGCCAAACGAUGGAUGAAGCUCCAGGAGACACACUAGAUAAAGUAGCCAGACGCCUGUCCCUCAUAAAACACCCACAGUGCUCCACACUGAGUGGCGGACAGGCCAUCGAGCUCCUGGCAAAGGAUGGCGACAGGCUGAGGUUCUCCUUCACCACCCCUCUCAGACAUAUCCGCGACUGCUGCUUCUCUUUCGCCGGACUGCGCACGCAAAUCACAAAGGAGAUCAUGAAGAAGGAGGCCGAGGAAGGUAUCCAGGAGGGCACCCUGCUGACGUGUGCGAGCGACAUCGCGGCGGCUGUUCAGCACACUGUGGCCGCUCACCUUGCCAAGCGCACACAUCGAGCCAUCCUGUUCUGUAAGGAGAACAGCCUGCUUCCUCCCAGCAGCCCCACAUUGGUGCUGUCUGGAGGAGUUGCGAGUAACCAGUACAUCCGCAAGGCUUUGUCGAUGAUCACUGAUCUGACGGGGCUGCAGCUGCUCUGCCCUCCAGCCAAGCUCUGCACCGACAACGGCGUGAUGAUCGCCUGGAACGGCGUGGAGCGUCUGAGAGAAGGAAAAGGAAUCCUGCCUCCCGAUGCAGACGUCUGCUAUCAGCCGAAGGCUCCUCUGGGUGUGGACAUCACGGCGGAGGUGAGAGCAGCGGCGAUCCGACUGCCCUCAGUGAACAUGAAGGUCCUCACCUGACGUUACCCCCAUUCAGAGUGUAUACUGUGUAUAUGCUAUAAUAAAGACGACUGUGCUGCUAUUUAUAAAAUGAAUCAAACAAGUGAAAACUUUCACACUCACUCUUGGAGGACACACUUUUGUUUGAGCAUUUCAACUACUUGGAGUUAUGAGUUAGUAUGUUUCUAAUUUUAAUGAAAAUAAAUCCAUUUGAUAUUUUCCUCAGUAAAUCAGACUCAUUUUGAUUAAUAUCACAAAUGAAAAUCGAUCACUCAUUGAUUUUUAGAAACUGUCCCAUGGUGAUGUAUUAACAGGUGUGACAGUUGCAGGUCAAUAAAAACCUGUGACCACCAUGGGAACCAACAGCUGUUAACAGUCAGAUC